AUGUCUGAAGAAUUGCUACAGAAGUUCAUUGACGACAUUGAAGAGGAAGAUGGUCUGCUGAAGAGAACGAAAAGAAAACGAACUAAACAAGAACUGCAAAGAGAACAUGUCAAGAAAAUACUCGCAGCUGCUUCUAAAGGACAGGUAGAGCUUCCGGAAGAGGAGGCGUACAUAGUUGAGCGACGGAAGAAGCCAACCAGUGCAGAACUGGACGAUCGUUUAGCAGGACAGGGAUUCUCUCUUAUCGAACAAAUUCGCGCUGAUCGACCAGCAGAUCUCAUGAAGCGAAACCUUAAAUACAUGAAAUACACUGACAAGAAAAGAAAACUGGAUGCAAAUAAGGCUAAAGCUAUUGUUUUGGAACAUCUAAGGAAAAAGAGCUCGAAGGAAUUAAUUCGGAAGGAACGGAGUAAAAUAACAGGUCUUCGGGAACCAAAACCUGAUGCGAAGAAGAAAGAAGAAAGUGUUUUCACAGAUGAAGACUUUGCUGUUGUUGGUAAAAAGAAGAAAAAAUCGAAGAAAGUGGAGAUAGAAUACUUGUAG